AUGUCUUCAGUAAAGGCCAGUGCCGUUAAAGCACUUCAGAAGGAACUGAAAGACCUCAGUGAAUUCCCAGUUGAGGGAUUCAAGGUAAUGGUGUCUGAAGAGGAAAAUCUUUUCGUCUGGGACGUUGCGAUAUUUGGGCCACCAAUGACUUUAUAUGAAGGCGGUUAUUUUAAGGCUCGAUUAUCUUUUCCGGAUGACUAUCCAUAUAGUCCCCCUACAAUGCACUUUCUAAGUAGGAUGUACCACCCCAACAUAUAUGAAAAUGGCGAGGUUUGUAUAUCAAUUUUGCAUUCGCCAGGAGAUGAUCCCCAAAGUGGUGAACUGCCUUCGGAGAGGUGGAAUCCGACACAAAAUGUCAGGACUGUGCUUUUAAGUGUAAUUUCCCUAUUAAAUGAACCAAACAUACAUUCAGCCGCUCAUGUUGAUGCUUCAGUAGCUUAUAGAAAGUGGAAGGAAUCUAAUGGAGUUGAGGAUGAGUACGAACGCAUAGUUAAGUCACUUGUUAUAGCAACUCAUGAAGAGGCUAAGAAGGAUGGUAUAACUGUUCCAACAACUGUCGAAGAGUAUUGUGUGAGUGAUGGUUUGUCCGAUUAUGGUGACGAUGAGUAUUAUGGCUCUGAUGGAGAUGAUGAAGAUGAAAGCUUGCCUACAGAUACAAAUGAAGAUCAACAAUCAGCAUUUAUGGGCGAAUGUUCUCAGGCGUCGAAAACUGAUUCUACAACGCAUGGAACUCACUCGAGUAAAUCAGAAAAUGUCCUAAAAACCACAUUACAUUCAUCAAUAAACUCGAGUGAAUCUUCGAGAGUUAUUGAUCAUCGGAUAUCAGGUGAAUGCAAUCGUGUGACUUCUCCGAGUUAA